UUAUAAAAGUUAUGCUGCCGUAUGUUUUACAUCAGUAUCUGUUAGAAAUGUGGACAUUGUCUCUAGUUACUGUUCUUGCCGUUGGCAUUGCGGCCGUUACAGGCCAAAAGGACUUUAAUGUAAUCGUAGGAGGAGUAGAAACUUCAAUUGAAAAUCACCCGUACACAGCAGCGCUUUUGUACACCGCGGACUUGGCAUUCUACACUCAAACUUGUGUUGGCGCUGUUCUUAACAGCAGGGCUGUGUUGUCCACUGCACAUUGUUUCUAUGGAGAUGAAACUUAUUUAUGGCGAAUACGCGUUGGUUCUAACUACGCCAACAGUGGUGGCAUCGUUCACAUCAUUUCCCGUAUCAUUAACCAUCCCGACUUCCACACUUUCUAUUACGAAAAUGACAUAGCUGUAUUGCACUCCGUCUCGGUGUUGACCAGCAAUAACGUUCGCCCCGCCAGCAUCGCAGGACCCAAUUACAUCGUCCCAGACACACAACCACUUUUGGCUGUGGGAUGGGGCAAAAGCUCAGCUAACGCAACAGCUUCUGAGAGGAUGAGACAGAUUCAAGUAAAUUACAUCAACAUGAACACGUGCAGAAGCAUUUACGUCAUACUUGCAAUGUACCCCACAACGGACAUGAUGUGCUCCGGUUGGCUCGACACGUACCGAGGCAAGGAGUGCCAGGGCGAAGCGGGCGGCCCCGUGCUACACAACAACGUCAUCGUCGGCGUCACAUCAUGGGGCCGGCAAUGCGUCCUCAACCACUACCCCGGGAUCAGCACUCGCAUCUCUAAUUACACUUCUUGGAUUCAAGCUAACGCGUAA